UACAAAAGCCAUGAUCUCUAUAAAUACCAACUAUAUUGUAACCUCUUGCCUUAACCUUCCUAUAUUUCUCUAAAAGAAAAAAACAUUCUUCCAAGUCUAUAUGGGGAGCAAUAUCAAAAUAACAGAAGUCUUCAAAUCCCACCCCGUUCAUAUCCCCAUUCACAAAAACUUUGACUUUGAUUCUCUUCAGGAACUACCCGAUUCCUAUGAUUGGAUUCAACCUGAUUCUUUCCCUAAUUCUUCCCUGUCUAAUAAUCAUCUCUCUGAUUCCAUCCCUUUAAUUGACCUUUCUCUCCCUAAUGCCCCUCAUCUCAUUGGCAAUGCCUUCCGUACUUGGGGGGCAUUCCAAGUCAUUAACCAUGGUGUUCCCAUUUCCCUCCUUCACUCCAUUGAAUCCUCUGCUAAUUCCCUCUUCUCCCUUCCUGCUCCACAUAAACUCAAGGCCGCUCGUCCCUCCGAUGGUAUCUCUGGUUACGGCCUCGUCCGUAUCUCCUCCUUCUUCCCUAAACGUAUGUGGUCGGAAGGCUUCACUAUCGUUGGUUCCCCUCUCGAACACUUUCGAAAACUCUGGCCUCACGACUACACUCGUUACUGUGAUAUAGUGGAGGAAUAUGACCAAGAGAUGAAGAGUCUAUGUGGAAGGCUGAUGUGGGUUGCGUUGGGAGAAUUAGGCAUAACUCGAGAGGAUGUGAAUUGGGCCGGCCCGAAUGGGGAUUUCAUGACAAGUAAUGCAGCGACUCAAUUCAACUCCUACCCUGUCUGCCCUGAUCCGGAACGAGCCAUGGGACUCGGGGCUCAUACUGACACUAGCCUCUUAACCAUUGUGUAUCAAAACAACACGAGAGGGUUACAAGUUUUGAGAGAAGGAAACCGAUGGGUGACGGUGGAGCCAGUACCUGGUGCACUAGUCGUCCAAGUUGGAGACUUACUUCAUAUUCUUACAAACGGGUUGUACCCAAGUCCGGUUCAUCAAGCUGUCGUGAACCGCACCAGGAAACGUCUCUCGGUGGCUUACGUUUUUGGGCCGCCGGAAAGCGCCGAAAUUUCACCGCUUAAGAAACUCUUGGGUCCAACUCAACCGCCGCUUUACCGGACGGUAACUUGGACUGAAUACCUUCGUAAAAAAGCUGAGCACUUCAACAACGCACUCUCCUCCGUUCGUCUUUGUGCACCUCUCACUGGACUGUUAGACGUUAAUGAUCACAGCCAGGUUAAAGUAGGCUAAUUAAUUAACCUCCAUCUCUUCCUAUUCCUAAAACACAUUAUAAUAUGUAAUUUAAGCCAAUUUGGGGCUAGGAAUGUUUUUGUUUUAAUUUCAAUAGAGUGAAAAAGAGUUUUGCAUGGUGGGUGAGAAGUGAGUAAAAUCUAAUCCACAGUGUGUGUGUUGUUUUUGUGUGGAUUAGAUAGGUUUUAUGUGGAAAGCAAAAACAAAACAUUAAUGAAAAUAGAAAAAAAAAUUAUAUUUUUGACAUA